GAUCAACCAGGAGGAAGACUUUGCAGUCGGAAUCCCAAUCCCAGGCUGUGCAGCUGAAUUCUGGGGCUUUUCUAAGGGUUUCUUGGGAUCUUAAACAUCUUUUACAAUGAGUGUUAAGGGAGGUGGAAGCAGUGGAGGGAGUGCAGGUGGAAGUUAUAGCAGUGGAGGAGGCAGCCACACCGUCAGUGGAGGAAGUUCUAGACGUAUCAGCAGCAGUGGCACCAGCGGCGGUGGCAUCAGCGGCGGUGGCAUCAGUGGCGGUGGCAUCAGCAGCGGUGGCAUGAGCAGUGGUGGUCUCAGCAGUGGUGGUGUUAGUGGCAGUGGUGGUGCCAGCAGUAGUGGCGGAGGUGUCAGAAUCACAAGCUCUUCAUCAUCCUCCAGGGGAUAUUCUGGAAGAAGUUAUGGUGGAGGAGGAUCCAGGAGUGGUGGUUUCAGCAGUGGGAGUGCUGGCAGAAUAAGCAGGGGAAGAUAUGGUGGUAGCAGUUAUGGUGGUGGCAGCUAUGGUGGAGGCUAUGGUGGUGGAGGCUAUGGUGGUGGUGGCUAUGGUGGAGUUAGCUAUGGUAGUGGUGGAGGCUACAGUAGUGGCAGCUUUGGUGGUGGUAGCUAUGGAGGAGGCAGCUAUGGUGGUGGUAGCUACGGUGGUGGCUAUUACCCAUUCAGACGUGGUAGUUUUGGGGGUGGCGAUGGGGGCCUUCUCUCCAACAAUGAAAAGUCAACUAUGCAGAACCUGAAUGACCGCCUGGCCAAUUACAUGGAUAAGGUGAAAAGCCUGGAAGACGACAAUGCUCAGCUUGAAAUGUAUAUCAGAGAAUGGUACCAGAAACAUGGUGAUGUGGGGACCAUAAGGGACUACAACCCUUUUUACCAGGAAAUUGAGCAACUCUACAAUCAGCUGAUUCAGGAAACUAAUGACCUUACCAGGAUUAUUCUGAAUAUUGAUAACACCAGGAUGACUGCCGAAGAUUUCCAGCUUAAGUACCAAACUGAAGCUAGUCUCCGCCAGAAUGUUGAGGCUGAUAUCAAUGGGUUGCGCCCAAUGUUGGAUCAAUUGACUCUUGCAAGGUCUGAUCUGGAGGCUCAGCUUGAGUCUGCCAAAGAGGAGCUGAUCACCCUCAAGAAGAACCACCAGGAGGCCCUUAGAGAACUGCAAAGCCAACGUGGUGUUGGUGCUGUCAAUGUUGAGGUGAAUGCUGCUCCUGGUCCGGAUCUCAAGCAACGUCUUGAUCAACUCAGGGUUGAAUAUGAAGGCAUCAUUGAUAGCAACCGCAGAGAAGUGGAGCAGUGGUUUGAAAGCAAGAUGGAGGAGGUUCGUCAACAAGUCAGCUCAAGUGGUUUGGAGAUAAGUUCAGGCAACCAGCAAGUUACAGAUCUGAGACGACAAUAUCAGACACUGGAGAUCGAGCUGCAGUCUGCACUCAGCAUGCUCCAGUCUCUACAAAGCAAUUUAGAAGACACAGAACGCCGUUAUAACAUGCAGCUGCAACAGAUACAGACCAUGAUCCAACCGGUAGAAGGAGAAUUGGCCGGCCUCCGUGGGGAGAUUGAAAACCAAAGUCAGGAGUAUCAAGCCCUCCUUGGCAUCAAAACUCGCCUAGAGCAAGAGAUUGCCCAGUACCGACAACUGCUUGACCAAGGACAGCAAGAAAUUGGUUCAGGAGGCGGUGGAGGAUAUGGAGGAGGAUAUGGAGGAGGCUAUGGAGGUGGUCGAAGAGGCAGCAUUGGCAGGAUUGGUGGAGGAGGCAUGAGCAGUGGUGGCAUGAGCGGAGGAGGCAUGAGCAGUGGUGGCAUGAGCGGAGGAGGCAUGAGCAGUGGUGGCAUGAGCGGAGGAGGCAUGAGCGGAGGAGGCAUGAGCAGUGGCGGCAUCAGCGGAGGAGGCAUGAGCAGUAGCGGCAUCAGCGGAGGUGGCAUGAGUGGAGGAGGCCUGAGCAGUGGUAGCAUGAGCGGAGGAGGCAUCAGCAGUGGUGGCAUGAGUGGAGGAAGCAUGGGCGGAGGAAGCAUCAGCAGUGGAGGAAAGAUGAGCGGAAGCAUGAGCAGCAGUAGUGGCAUGAGCAGCGGAGGAGUCAUCGGAGGAGGAAGUGGUGGUGGAAGUCAGAUUGGAGGAGGCGGAGGGUCUUCACGUCACGGAAGGAAAUCCUUUGACUAACCGGCUGCCCUACAAUGACAAUCCAGUCUCAAACCCUCUAAGUUGUUCUUCCAAUAGAGGAAAAGCACGACCACUGACAAUUGUCUUCAUGGAUUCCCAAGAUAGAGGGGAUUGCUCUCUCUAGCUAUUUGACUCUGCUUUGGCUGUUACUGCAUAAGUUGCAGCUGAUUAUUUUCUUUACCACUCAUUUCUUCUUUAAAGUUCUUUCUUGCGGAACUUGUUCUUACUGUUUUUUUUAUUAAUGGCUGGCUUUCAGCUUUUGAUAUUGCUGAAGGUCACCCAAUAAAGUCUAUUGCUGCUUGAUGCAAACAGAAAA